AUGUCUUGUCGGCCUCAUUUUCGCAUCAUGGAUGUGGUCCCGCCUCAACUGUCGCUCCUCAUCUGGAAGUGCUACGUAACGAGCAUCAAGCGCCGUAAGCUCACCUUCGCCCUAGAAGUGCUGGUGCCCGGACUGCUGGCACUGACGCUGGUCUACGCCCGCCUCCACGUCACCUUCGAGACCGUGCACAACGUAACCCUCUUCGAGCACCUGAGCAUCAACCGCCUGCCGCUCCGCUACAGGCUGCCCCCUCCGAGCGCUUCCAAGUGGAUACUGUUCUACGCGCCAAACACCGAGCUGGUCAACAGGCUCCUCAAUAACGUCGCCAAUGACGCCGUGCCCCAACUAGAAGCACGAGGCUUUGAGACCGAAGAAGCCAUGGUGGCGCACUAUACGGCAGAGAUGGCGCACAGGGAUUCCGUGUUGGGAGGUAUCGUCUUUCCAGACUUUGAAAACAACGCGACUCAGAUGUUCGUCGAUCGGGUGCGAUUCAAAUUGCUUAAUGCGUUAUAUUGCUGUAACUAUUAA